CUUGCGGGGAGGGAGAUGAGCUCCCGGGCACCCCUUCCAGGAAGGCAGGAGGGACAGGGCAGCACAGAGCCCCCCGAAGGCAAGAGCCACCCCUGGGCCCAGCAGCAGCACCUAGCGGGGAGAAGCCUUCCCCAGGGCUCGCUGCCCCACUCCUCCAAGCCGCUCACGUCCUUCCUCAUCCAAGACAUUCUGCGGGACGGUGCUGACCGCGGAGCUGCGGGGAAAGGGAGGAAGAGCCGGGGAUGCUGCGAUGCCUCUAGCCCGGAGCCUGCGCUGGACGGUGCAAGCUCCGCUCCCCGGGAGUCAACUGGGAAACCCCUCCCUAAAGGGGUCCCCCCGCCGCCCCCAGAGCAGCCCGGAGAGCCAGCCGCAGAGGCAUAUACGGAGACCAACCUAUCAGACUGUGAAAACCCUCUGAAAUCCUCACCAAGCAACCAAAGGACCCCGAAGCAGCAAAAGCGCUCACGGGCAGCCUUCUCCCAUACGCAGGUCAUCGAGUUAGAAAGGAAGUUCAGUCAUCAGAAGUAUCUGUCUGCCCCAGAGCGAGCCCACCUGGCGAAGAACCUGAAGCUCACUGAAACCCAGGUGAAAAUCUGGUUCCAGAACAGAAGGUACAAAACCAAAAGGAAGCAACUAGCCUCAGAACUCAGUGGACUUGAUAAGAACUCAGUUUUCCCAGUCCUUAAAGAAGAUGAUGUUUCCCGGGCCUCUCUGAUUUCUGUGUAUAACAGCUACCAAUACUAUCCAUACCUGUACUACUUGAAUGGCUGGAGUCCCUCUUUGUGGUAACUACAGCUAAAGACUUCAGCUUUUCCAAAGAGAAGCUCUUUUUAUUUUUACUGUUUUGCUUUUUCUAAUAAUGGGGGGGGGAAGCACUUCUGACCAUAUUUUCAGUGAUGCUGAGCUCCCUGCAUGUCCUUUUCCCUUCCAGGGGACUUGCAAGGUUCUCGACACUGCUACAAGUCUAGGAUAACAUUUUCCAAAGCACCUAAUAAUAAAUGCCAUGCUCUUUUUGUAUAGCACUUUCCACUGGUAGAUCUUAAAGUGCUUUAGAAAAGAUUACAAUCUCCAUUCUGCCGAUGGAGAAACUGAGGUACGGAGCAAUGAAGUGACUUGUCCAAGGCCACCCAGCGGCAGAGCCAGGAACAGAACCCAGGUCCCUGAGUUACAGUCCAGUGCUCUAUCCGCUAUAGUGGAUGCCUCUUUCUCACUGAAAGUCAAUGUGACUUAGGGCUUGGCUACACUCGAAACUCCAAAGCGCUGCCAUGGGAGCGCUCCCGCGGCAGCGCUUUGAAGUGAAUGUGGUCGCGUUGCCAGCUCUCUCCCAGCGCUGCAGCUACUCCACCUCCCCGAGGGAAUUAGCUUACAGCGCUGGGAGCCGCGCUCCCAGCGUUGGGGCACUGUUUACACUGACGCUUUAGAGCGCUGUAACUUGCUGUGCUCAGGGGGGUCUUUUUUCACACCCUUGAGCGAGAAAGUUGCAGCGCUGUAGAGCGCCAGUCUAGCCAAGGCCUUAGGCACCCAUGUGUUUAAGUCUCUUUUCAAAGUGGGACUUUGGUGCUUCGGAAAAAACUUUAGCCCUACGCAUGAUCAGUGUGUAAAAACUUAGUAAUGAUGUUGGUUUUGCAUAGCAAUUAUCUCAGUGUGUUCAUCUAGGCCACUAACUCUGUGACACUGCACAGUAGAUUUAGUAUUUAAAUACCUGGUCUUCUCAAACAGAACAUAGGUGGGGCACUGAAUGGAAAAAACAUGGAGUCUGCAUUUUUUUUAAUUAAAUGGAAACUAAGAGCUAUGUGGUCCUAGGGUGAAAAGACAGAUAUAUUAGAAUGUCAGUCAACAUGACAAACUCCAUUUAAAGCUGCUCUUUACGGCUAGAAUCAGAACUGCAUAACUAUGUGUCAUAGCACCUAUGCUGUUCAUUAAAGGAGAGUCUCCUUUA